AUGCCCAUCCUCAACGACCCCGUCACCGACAUCCUCGCCACCAUCCCCACCCGGGUCGAGUGUGACGCGUUAGUCGACAUUUACCUGUCGACGCACGAGCGCAUGUACCGCGUGCUGCACACGCCCACCUUCCACCAGCAGUACGAAGCAUUCUGGCAGGACCAGGCCGCCAGCAGUAUGUCCUUUUGCAUGAAGCUCGUGCUCAUCCUAGCGCUCGGAUCGACACUCAGCCAAGAAGCAGGGGAGUGUGCUCUCGCGGACCGACAGACGCGGACGUGGACCUAUGCGGCGCAGUGGUGGCUGACGGGGCCGACAGAAAAGUCGACGUUCAACCUCGACGGCGUGCAGGUCGCGUGUCUUCUGCAGCUGGCGCGGCAGAUGACGGCCGUCGGGCGCGCGUGGAUCAGCUCCGGCUCGCUGCUGCAGAUGGCGUUUUCGGUCGGCCUGCACCGCGACCCGAGCCACUUCCCGUCCAUGACGCCGCUGCAGGCGCAGAUGCAGCGGCGGCUGUGGGCGACGGUACUGGAGCUUCAUCUGCUGUCGGCCAUGGACAGUCCGAUGCAGGCGUAUGCUGACCUCGAGUCGUGCGAUACAAGGCCGCCGGACAACAUCGACGAUGAACAGCUUACCGCGGACGCGGACGAUAUACCCGCCAGUCAAGGUGAUCAUCACAUUACAGAUUCGUCACUGCAGCGACUUCUUUGCAAGAGUUUCCAUAGCCGUUUGCAGGCCGCAAGAAGCUUGCAUACCGGCAGUGAGCUUGCCUACGCAGACACUAUCCGGCUCGCAAAUACCUUGAAGACUGCCUGUGCUGAGCUAUCCCAGUUCUUCGACGCCCAUUCCACCUCUUCUCUCCUCAGCAGCUUCCACCGCAGCUUUCUCGAUAUCCACUUCCGGCUGCACAUUCUCCGUUUGCACCGGCAGUUUCUUCUCCAGCAGCCCGACGAGGCAAGCUGCUUCCUCUCCCGCAAGGUGUGCUUCGAUGCGGCCAUGGUAAUUGCCUCGUACGCCUCCCACACCUCCCCUCCCUCCGCCGAUAUCCCCUCUCGUCGGCUAUCGCAGCUCUUUCUUAACACCACGGGCACCAUGCGCGCGCCGCUGUCUCUCGAAAUCGUCACCAUGCUGGGUCUCGAGCUGCGCAUGCAGCUGUCCGAGGAUAACGACAGCAGCGGUCCCGCGGGCCAGCUUGCGCAGGCCGCACGAGAGCCGAUAUUCACCGCCCUUGGCUGCAUACGCGACGCGUUUCUGCGCCGCAUCGAGAGCGGCAGCCCCCGCUGCAAGGCCUUUGGGCUCACAUCGUUCAUCGUAGCGCAGCUGCGCGCCAUGGAGCGCCGCGAGAAUGCCGUUCAGGCGCUGAGCAAUGCCGUGACGGACAAGCUAGCGGACGUGCAGCAAUAUCUGGAAAGUACCGUGGAGAGACUAGCGGCAAGCAGCACGAGCAACACCGCAAUGGGGGACUUUGACCUGGAUGCGCUGCUGGCCAUGGACUUUGGCGGCGAUGGCCGUGGCGGAUUCGACUUUGGCGGGUUUGGCAUAGGGGACAACAUGUGGUGA